AUGGCCACGGACUUUAUGGUUCCGGGACAACCCUCGACAAGCACCCAACGGUACUCAUCGUUUGGACCUCCAUUGCCAUACGAUGACGGGCUUUCAUUGCCCUUGAGCGACCAAAACUCGUGGUACUAUCCUUCGCACGGAUAUCAGUCAGACGACGAAGAGGUUCAAGCUGGAUGGCGUCAAGGAAAUUGGGGAAAGAAGGCAUCGAGAGGCGCCAGAUGGGUGCGCAGAGGCAAGAUUGUGAAUUGGGGGCCUGCCAUGGACGAAUGGGAGACCGAAGACCGAGCACGAAAGCGUCUGAAAGCGCUAAUGCCGCAAGACAAGAGAUCCCCUUCCCCGCCCGCUCUUCCACACCUCCGAUCACCGUCGCCUCCCAUAGGGCCCCCAUACCCCGGUCCGACGGUCCAGCACCUCAGUUACACUGGAUUCGUUCUUGACAAAGCUGUUAUCCAUACAUUUCGUUCGAAUCUACUGGACGAGCUCGAGCAAUCGACGAACAGCCUUAUCGAAGGCGAAACGACCAUGCGCCGCGCCUUGGGAAGACUCUGGCAGGUCAUCAAUGAAGACUCAGAAGACAAGGCAAAUCAUGAGCCCCUGGUGCCGAAGCGCGAGGACGGCGACGAGAACGCAGAUGAGCAAGACGAUCACGCUCGAAGGUUAGCCCGAGCGCCUGACCUCACUCCUGCUGCCCACAAAAUCUUUAUUGCUCCAUCUCAUCCCAACGGAGUACCCCCAUUGCACGAGCCGUCUCAUUUUUCAUCACCCGAAUCUCAGCUAGAGAGCCUGGAAAAAUCCCUGGCAACUUUACGCGACCUUCAAGACGACGGCAGGGAGUAUGUUGAACGCCUGCAAGAAAUCCGAGAAGGCCUUGGUGAUGUCCGUGCAGACAGGAAUGUAAUUUGGGAUAUGGUCCGCGAGCGCGCCAUUCGAGAGCUACAGGAGGUUGCCUCGAGCACAGCUACAUAA